AUGCCAGCUCAAACGCGUCUCAUCUCUCAGGAAAGCAGGAACAGAACGCCAACUCACUGCUUCCCAUAUGUGGUAGCUCCCUUGUCCUGGACCGGAUCUUGCGAUUCGCAAGCUCGGGACACUAAACCAAAACGGACAACUGCUUCUCAACUCUUGGGACUCAAGGGAAUAUGCUCCUUGCACAUCUUCACCAUGGCAGGCACACUUGCCUCAGAAGUUCAGCGUCAUAAGUCCCACACGGAACAGCUCCCGCCGAACUCGAAUGCUUUUACCGAUGCAUACAUCUCCCUGAUAUAUGGACCUUAA